GCCAAAUUGAAGAAAAAUUAGCAAUGAGGCUUUUAACCCACCACAUGUUGUCAUCAAACAUCAAAGGUGUGACAAAUGGGUUUCCUCUGCUGAUUGAGGUUGAGAAAGUAGUGGAAAAGCAGUCGGAUUUCAAAGAAGACUUCUUGAGGAACAUGUUUGCGAAGAUUGAAUGGAAGGCCCUGGUCGAGGCCUCCAGAACAAUGGGCUACACUGAGCUACCCGAGAAUGCUGAAUCCUCCAUGCUCGACUCUGAUGAGUUCCUUCGCAAGUUCCAUCAUGCCCUCGUUGAGCUUCAUCUUGAGGAGGGUGCGUUAGUUUGCCCUGAGACUGGUCGUAAAUUUCCUGUUAACAAGGGGAUUCCAAAUAUGUUGCUUCAUGAAGAUGAGGUCUAAUUUUCUCUUUUUAGGAUUGAUGUUUAGGUUCUCAAGGGGCUUUUCUUAUGGCAUGUUUGCUGCCCUAACAGGGACGAAUGUGAAG